CACACCAUAGCACACACACACACACACCAUAGCACACACGCACACGUGCAUCGCGUGCACGUGUUAGACACAUAGCACACACACACACGCACCAUAACACGCACGCACGCACCAUAGCACACACCAUAGCACACACACCAUAGCACACACGCGUAUCGCGUGCACGUGUUAGACACACAGCACACACACACACACGCGCACCAUAACACACACACACCAUAGCACACACACACACCAUAACACACACGCACACACGCACACCCCGAGAUACGCACGCUGAUGCGUGCACGUUGAGGAAUAGCACGUGUGUGCGCGCAUGCACCGACACGUCGUGCACGCUCCACUCGCGACGCACGCGCAUCCACGUGCACGCGCGUCCACGUGCACGCGCAUCCACGUGCGCGCUCCACUCGCGACGCACGCGCAUCCACGUGCACGCGCGUCCACGUGCACGCGCGCCCUCGAUGCACGCGCGCGCCUGUGAUAUCCGUGCAAGCGCGUGCACGUGCGGGAGUACACAGACCUGCCCCGGCUGUUGGUGCCGCGUCCCAACCGCUGGCGGGAUGAGCGGGGACCUCGACCAGGGAGUCCUGCAGAGAUACGCGAUCCGCAAGAGACUCGGCAAAGGGGCCUAUGGGAUUGUGUGGAAGGCCAUCGACCGCACUACAGAAGAAGUUGUCGCCAUCAAGAAAAUUUUCGACGCAUUCCGUAACCGUACGGACGCACAGAGAACAUUUCGAGAAGUAAUGUUUUUAAAGGAGUUUGACCACCCCAACAUCGUGAAACUCAAGAACAUCAUCCGCGCGGACAACGACCGUGACAUCUAUCUCAUCUUCGAGUUCAUGGACACGGACCUGCACGCUGUGAUCAGGAAGGGGCGAAUCCUCAAGGACAUCCACAAGCGCUAUAUCAUGUACCAGCUGCUCAAGGCGACCAAGUACAUCCACUCCGGCAACGUCAUCCACCGCGAUCACAAGCCGUCGAACGUGCUGCUGAACAGCGAGUGCGUGGUGAAGGUGUGCGACUUUGGGCUCGCUCGCUCCGUCGGACCGCUCGCCGUGGAGGGCGGCGCGGGCAGUGGCGUCGGAGGAGGAGGAGGAGUGAGGGGCGACCCGGCGCUCACCGAAUGCGUCGCCACGCGCUGGUACCGCGCGCCCGAGAUUCUGCUCUCAACGCCCAGGUACACGAAGGGCGUGGACAUGUGGAACCUGGGCUGCAUCCUCGGGGAGAUGCUCACGGGGAAGCCGCUCUUCCCCGGGGAGUCAACCAUCAACCAACUUGAGCGGAUCAUGGCCGUGGUGCCGCCACCUUCACGGGACGAACUCAUGGCGAUCAGCUCGGACUACGGCCGUUCAAUGGUAGAAAGACUCAUGGCUCAGAAGCGGCGCUCGCUGGGGGAGCUGGCGAGGGGGGCGCCCCCCGAGGCACUGGACCUGCUGUCGCGUCUCCUCGUCUUCAACCCCGAGCGGAGGCUCACGGCGGCCGAGGCGCUCGCCCACCCCUACGUGUGCCGGUUCCACGACCCCCCCACGGAGCCGUCCCUCAAUUACGACGUGGUUCCUCCCGUGGACGACAACACGCAGCUCGCCGUCAACGAUUACCGAAGCCACCUGUACGAGCUGAUCCUGGAGAGGAAGGGCAGCAUCAAGCAGCGCCGCCGGGGCGACGCACGGGACGGCAAGGACCCGCUGCAGUCGCUGUGCAGCGACCCCAUUGAGGUGACCUGCCCCUCGUCCACCGCGGAGCUCCACAGGGAGUCCCCCCACGGGUCGCCUGCCGCCUCCUCCACCAAGAUGCUCAAGGCAGGCGGCGGCGGCCAGGGCAGCCCCGUCGCCCCGCACAGCGACCCCUCCCAGAAGCCCCUGCGGCACGGUCCAGAUGCGCUGAGCUGCGUGCAGUUGAACCAGCAGCUCCCUGUGACCUCCGACCCCUCAGUCCGGCCGCCCCUCACCCGCUCGCUGGAGGCGAGGGCCAUGAGCGCUUUCGCCCCGGCGUUUGCCAAGGCGUCGUCGCUGUCAUCAACGACGGAGGAAGACGACGAAUAUUUGGAGGAGCUGGACGACGAAGAGGAGGACGGCGACGAUGACGACGACGACGACGACGAGGAAGAGGUGGUGGUGGUGACGAGGGAGCCGUCGGACGCCGUGAGGGCUUUGUCCGGGCGCCGGGGGGAGAAUCGCGGGGCGAGUACGGCGCUUCAGGCGCGUGAGCGCUCACCCACGCAGCACUCUUAGUGGAGGGGUGGAGGCGACGCGGACACACGCACGUACACACGUACACACGCGCACACGCGCACACACUGCCACGCUUAGCCACACACAAACUCAAGCCGCUUGCUCGCUCACUCAGCGAUGAGCUCGCUCAUUCACCUGCCCUCUCGCUUACUAACUCACAUGUACACUUGCUCGCUCGCUCGCUCACUCACACAGGCACUCGCUCCCUAAUUCACCCACCCACUCACUGGCUCUCUCAUAUAGCCACUUGCUCAGCCACUCAUACACUCGCUCCCUCCUUCACCUACCCACUCAUUCACUCGCUCAAUCACCCACCCACCCACAUGUCUACCCACUCAAUCACAGGACCACUUCCUCAGCCACUCUCUUACUUAGGUACCCGUCCACUGAUCCACUAUCUCAUUCCUUCACUUAAUCCCUCACGUAACUACUCACCCUCGUAAUCUCCCUGUCAUUCGCUCACCCAUGCAAUCGCACACUUACCCACUCACUCACGCACAUGCACUUUCGCUCACUCACUCGCUGACCUGACCAACUCACUUAUCCACUCUGUCACUAGCCUAAAACACCCACACCCUCACACUCACAGACCCAAUCACCCUCACACUCACAGACACAAUCACCCUCACCCUCAUAGACCCCAUCACACUUACACUCACAGACCCAAUCACACUCACAGACCCAAUCACACUCACAGACCCAAUCACCCUCACACUCACAGACCCCAUCACACUCACAGACACAAUGACACUCACAGACCCAAUCACACUCACACUCACAGACCCCAUCACACUCACAGACACAAUCACACUCACAGACACACUCACACUCACAGACCCAAUCACCCUCAGACUCACAGACCCAAUCACACUCACAGACCCCAUCACACUCACA